GUUGUCAAAAAAAAAUUAAUGGUUUUAUCUGUUUGUAUUUCCUCUUUAUAUGUUGAAAUUGCAUGUUUCAACAUACAAAUUUUGAGUGUUGUUAUCAGUUAUCACCGCUCUUAUAAUCACUUGCUGUCUUCAAACCAUGCAUUUUUUCUUUUGGUCGUCAAUUGUUAUAAUGUGGUUGUCGUCGUCAUUAAAUACUACUCACUCAAGUCAAAAGAAAUUCAGAUUCCCAUCAGAGAUCAAGAUCUAAUGCUAUUGCCAAGCAUUAUGGAACAAGCAUCUUGCAGGUGGUACAAAUACUUUCUUCAAUAUCUACUGUUGCUUGGUUGGUAAUCAUGGCCAAUUCCAUACCAGCUCAUUGCUUAUUACUCUCAGCGAGAUGACACUCUUUGAUAGUUCAGUCUGGUUGAGAGUUGCUUCAUUGUCAUGCAUUUGACAGUUACUGCUGUAAACCGGCACCAUCCAUUUCCUACCUUUCACAAACGCUGCGUUAAAAUGUGUUCUUCAACAACUUGGUAGAACGCAUUCAGUGUGAGUUUAGAGUAAAGUCAAAACACUAUGGCACCAAGACUGCUGUUAUAGCGAGAUUAUCUCGCCCACUCGUAGUGUGUAAAAGAUAUGACUCAUGUGGAGUGUAAUUGUUGGCUUGCUGGUUUAAAGUGGUUUAAAGGCUAUACAUAGCUGCGCGGUAUAGUAUUCCUUGAGUUUAAGUGUCGUCUUGACCACAUGUUUUAUAUACAUAGAACUAUCAACUAUUUCAGUAUUGAAUUGAAAAUGUUCAAUGUGUAAUAUUCCGUUAUAGAAAUUUCAAACAAAGAUUAAAUAGUUCUCUGGCCCUUAAGAAGCGUGCUGUUGGACAGGUUGCAGCCCUCUUCCCUCGAAAACUUAAUACAAUAGUUGUGAAAAUUUAACGCACUCCUGAAUCCCUUGAAAAAGUCACACAUUUGAAUUUCCACGUUGUAAAAACUACAGGAUGAAAACCCACGAUUUGAAUAAUUACAUGAUAGAAACUUACAAUAGGAAAACAUGGUUAAAUCAAGCUGCAGAUUUCACGUUGCAGAUUUCAUUUUACAUGACAAAAAUUUACUAUGCAAUAUACUACAUAAAUUGUCUAAUGCGAGGUGUUGCUCUUUGCUUUUAUGAAAUUACGAACAAUUCUUUAUCAAUUAUUGUAAAAACAUUGAAGAUACAUCAUGUCAAAUAAUAAUGCUGCGUCUGUUUAUUUAACGUGACUGCGCUGAAACAAUCGCAUUAAAGGAUUAAUUACUGCAUGUGUGAGGCGAAUACUGGCUUCGGUUCGUUUUUAUCGGUCAGAAAUGAGGCCCCUGCAGUGUCCCCUAUACUGUGCCAGUAUAGCGUUCAUUACAAGUGAUUUUAGUUCCUGUUAGACAUAUAAGUGGAGAAUAUUUACAUAAUUUUGAUGUUGACAUUAAGGUCAUUCCUUAAUCCUAACUCACUAUCUCGUUGAGCACAGAAGAAAUCAAAAUUUUGAAAAUUUGUGAAAAAGAAAAAAAACAUCUUGAAAGGCGUAAAAGAGAGUCUCAUCAACGGCUUGCCACAACACGACUUUGGGAAGCAGCGGUUUCAAAAAUUGUAUUUCUUUGAAAUGAAUGAAACGUGCUCGUUAAAAUUUAACGCACUCCUGAAUCCCUUGAAAAAGUCACACAUUUGAAUUUCCACGUUGUAAAAACUACAGGAUGAAAACCCACGAUUUGAAUAAUUACAUGAUAGAAACUUACAAUAGGAAAACAUGGUUAAAUCAAGCUGCAGAUUUCACGUUGCAGAUUUCAUUUUACAUGACAAAAAUUUACUAUGCAAUAUACUACAUAAAUUGUCUAAUGCGAGGAGUUGUUCUUUGCUUUUAUGAAAUUACGAACAAUUCUUUAUCAAUUAUUGUAAAAACAUUGAAGAUACAUCAUGUCAAAUAAUAAUGCUGCGUCUGUUUAUUUAACGUGACUGCGCUGAAACAAUCGCAUUAAAGGAUUAAUUACUGCAUGUGUGAGGCGAAUACUGGCUUCGGUUCGUUUUUAUCGGUCAGAAAUGAGGCCCCUGCAGUGUCCCCUAUACUGUGCCAGUAUAGCGUUCAUUACAAACAUUAAGGUCAUUCCUUAAUCCUAACUCACUAUCUCGUUGAGCACAGAAGAAAUCAAAAUUUUGAAAAUUUGUGAAAAAGAAAAAAACAUCUUGAAAGGCGUAAAAGAGAGUCUCAUCAACGGCUUGCCACAACACGACUUUGGGAAGCAGCGGUUUCAAAAAUUGUAUUUCUUUGAAAUGAAUGAAACGUGCUCGUUAAAACAUCCUUUGGCAUUGCCAUACCUCGUCGCCAUUUUAGUGGUUGGAAUUGCUGCUGUAUUUGCAAAUGGAAUUUUAUUGAUUGUCCUGCUUUUUGACCCGCUGAAAUGCUUUCGUCGCCCGAGUAUGUAUUUCAUCACUAGUCUGGGGUUUUCUGAUCUUCUUACAGGUAUUGUGUCUUGUUUGUACUCAAUAUAUCACAUUCAAAGCUGUAGUUCCAAAGAAGCUACUCGAUACGACUCCGACUAUUUAUCUAAAGUAAUCAAGUCGACAAUAUGGGCAAGUGUGGAAAAUUCCUUCAUCACCGUCUUACUGAUGGCCAUUGAACGUUACAUUUUUAUAAAAUUUCCUAUCAAAGCUAAGUCGAUUGUUACCGUCAAGCGUAUUUUUCUUGCCAUCGGAGUCACUUGGCUUGUAUCCCUUAUAUUUGGUGCUGGCGUUAGCUUAUCACAUCCGUACGAUAAGUACAUUAAGUUUGGAAUUUUAUUUCAGUUACUCUUCCUCAUCUUUGUAAUGUUGUUUUUAUACGUGCGAAUCAUUAUUUUACUUGGAAAAUCCUUCAAGGCAUUCCAAGGAAAGCAGUUUUCUCGUCACUGCAGUAUUAGAUCUGGGAAGGCACAAAUGGAAAAUCAACAUCAAAGUUUUCUAAAUAAGAUCGUCUUUUAUCUUGCAUUGAUAUUGUUUAUCACCGUAGUACCUCACUUGAUAAUUGGUCAAAUAUUCCUGGGUUUCGAAAUUUUCUUUCGAUCCUAUGCAAAACCAAAAGCUCUGGAGUAUGCAUCUUUCAUAUCUUUCCCGUUAGAGUUGCUCAAUUUUGUCUUGAAUGCAGUUGUUUAUGCUUAUCGAUUGCCAAAGUUUCGCUCUUCAUUGUGCCAUAUUUUGAGAGGAAUAAGAGGGAAAGUUUCUAGUCAAAGAAGCCGCUACAUUUACGAACCAAGCAAUUUUUCUAUUCGUGUUUCUACAAAAGAAGAAACGGUGGCUUGAAAAAUCUGUUGGAUAUGAUGCUAAAUGCUGCGUAUAAUUUUGUUCUACUUUAUUAUGACAAGUUUUGACGUGAAAAAAUAGACAAAAAGAUAUGGAACACAUAUUUAAGUUAAAGUCUUCUUUUGAUGUUAUCCUUAAACAUGGAAAGAAAACUUUGUCUGAGUUUUGACUCGAUGUUUAAUGUAUGACGACUGUCUCCACUUUCUGGAAAAAAGCUAGACAAUUCGUGUCAAUUUGCUUGUUGUUGAUAAUGACAUCUGCAUUUGCUGCUGUACGUAGAAGUUUAUUUAAGGAAUGUUGUGACUAUUCAAGUGAUAAAUAAUUAAAAAUACGUUAAAUUUUA